UAAAGGUUUUAUUGAAUUGGCAUCUGGAAAGAGAAUCAAAACUCAUUAUCAUCAUUCAUUUCCAUAUCAAAAGACUUGAAGAUAUGAUGAUCAAGCAAAAGAUAGUGGUGAAGGUGCAGAUGAACUGCCAGAAGUGCAGGACCCAGGCCCUUAAGAUUGCCACUUCCUUUGAUGGGGUGGCAGAGGUGAAGAUAGAAGGAAAGGAGAAAGACCAGGUAGUGGUGAUUGGGGAAGAUGUGGAUGUCAUCUGUUUGGUCAAGUCUCUCCGGAAGAAAGUUUGGCCGCAUGCCCACAUCUUAACCAUUGAUGAAGUUAAACCCAAACAGGACUAACCUGAUCCAGAACUAAAUUUUCAACCACCAAUUGUAAUUUAUGACAUGGGUUAUGACCCAAACACAAGUUACUACUGUAUCAUGUGAUGGACGACUUGUCUUUCUACAUUUCUUUUGUUUAAUCUGGA